UGUGCUCCCAAUGAGAUAUCGAUCAGCAACACGUGUUACCCGAUUUCCGGUAUUGGAGGUCCCUGCAUCAACUCGGCCCAGUGCCAAUCGUCGGGAGCCUACUGCAGAAAUGGAUUCUGCGUUUCGAACAUUCAAUACGAUAAUCCUAUCUGUACAAUGCCAAACCAGCAAGUGGAAAGGGAGUCUGGAGUGGUGAAGAACUGCAUGUAUCUGCCUUGUUCCGUGGGAUUUGGCUGUGAGUACAGCACUGCUAUGAGGCAAUACAUCUGCUGUGGAAAUUACGACGCCAAUAAUGACUACAGCUACGCCGAACACCUCAAUUGGUUUCCAGAAAGGGCCCACACA